AUGGAAUGCUUACCAUCUCUGAAGGUAUUAUCCGUGACGCUUCCCCCCGUCUGCUCAGUCCCGCACAUUUCUGAAGAAGACAAGCAACUGCUGAAAGUUCAAGAAUGUCUCAUUUGCACUCAAAAAAUAGUUGCCCAUAAGGAGUGUCCUAAGGGAGAUGCAGGGCGACAACUAGAAGCGUCCUUCGGGAGAUGCAACCUACAAAGAAGCGUUCUCAGGGAGACGCAGGGUCCAGAUGGCAAGAUUGGCAAGAAAGGGCAUUUUGGAGCAUUUUAG